GCGUUUAGUGCCGGUAGGUGUCUCCGUUUCCCGCCGUCCGCCCAAUUUUAGCAGCCGGCAUUCCGCAGUGUAGUGUAUCGAGCUUCCUUCGCAAACGGUUUAAGUGCAAGUUUCACAAAUCUUUUACUUUAUUUCUCGUAACAAUUGUUUAUUGCGAACAAGCAUCUGAAGAAUAGUCGGCCAAAAUGUUUGGUUCUACGGGAUUUGGCGGAAGUAGUUUCAUGGGUUCCAAUGUAGUUACAGCCCCAACCAACCAUAAUCCGAUGAAGGAUUUUGAAGUAGUUUCCCCUCCGGACGAGUCCAUUUCUUGUCUAGAAUUCAGCCCAGCUUCCAUUCCUCAAAACUUCUUGAUUGCUGGAAGUUGGGACAACCAUGUUAGAUGCUGGGAAAUUGAUCAAACUGGCAAGUCUAUACCAAAAUCACAAGAAACGAUGCAGGGACCUGUUCUUGAUGUGGCUUGGAGUGAUGAUGGAAGUAAGGUAUUUAUGGCUGGUUGUGACAAAAUGGCCAAAUGUUGGGACUUGAAUUCAAACCAAUCAAUUCAGGUUGCAGCUCAUGAUGCACCAAUAAAAACAUGCCAUUGGAUUAAAUCACACAACUAUUCAUGCCUUAUGACUGGAUCUUGGGAUAAAACACUAAAGUUUUGGGACCUGCGGCAACAGUCACCCAUUCUUACAAUUAACUUACCUGAGCGCUGCUACUGUGCUGACGUGGAAUAUCCUGUUGCUGUCGUCUCUACAGCUUCUCGCCAUUUGCUUGUCUAUCAACUUGAAAAUACUCCAAGUGAAGCCAAGAGGAUUGAGUCUCCACUGAAAUACCAACAUCGCUGUGUCUCCAUCUUCAAGGAUAAAAAGGGAAUGCCAACUGGGUUUGCUCUGGGAAGUAUUGAAGGGAGAGUUGCCAUUCAGUAUAUAACACCUAGCAACCCAAAGGACAACUUCACAUUCAAAUGUCACCGUUCAAAUGGAACCAAUCAACAGUAUCAGGAUAUUUAUGCUGUCAAUGAUAUCAAAUUUCAUCCUGUCCAUGGAACACUGGCAACUGCUGGGUCUGAUGGAAGAUUUUCCUUUUGGGACAAGGACUCUAGAACCAAGUUGAAGACUUCAGAGCAAAUGGAGCAGUCAAUCACAGCUUGUUGUUUUAACCGUGAUGGUCAAAUAUUUGCUUAUGCUGUUAGUUAUGAUUGGUCUAAAGGACACGAAUUUAAUAACCCCCAGAAAAAGAAUUACAUCUUCCUACAUUCUUGUUACGAAGAGAUGAAACCUCGCCAAAAGUCAUAAUUGUUUGUUUUAUGCCCUUUCCUUGUUUUGUAUUUUACAUUGAAUACAGAGAUUCAACAAAACAUUUUUGUUGAAUGAACAAAUUA